UCUCUCUCGCUCGCUCUCUCUCAGCUCCAUCUCCGUCUGCAUCUCGCGGAGCAGUGCUUCGAAAUUGGUUUGUCAUUUUUCUCAACGAGCUCUGCUUUGUAAGCAAGCAAUUUCUGGAGUCCUUUGCGGUAGGACUUUCUCGAAAACGUACAAAAAAAAAACUGUGGAUAUCGUCUUGGGUCAGCGAUUUCUUCCCGUUUCUGUUCAAAAAAGGGACUCGGUGGUUGCUGAAGAGGACGCGUUUUGCCUUUGAAGAUGGAGAGUGUUCUGGAUACAAAAUAAGGAGUCUGUUAUAUUACCGAUAUCUUCUCUCAUCAGCGGAUAAGAGGCAUUUGCUGCAAAAUACACAGAUUACCCUUGUGGAAAAUAUAAGCGGCUUUUAUUCGCACCGAAGACAUCCGGAAUCAAAGUUUACGUUUAUCGACGAAGGUUGCAUCUUUGCGUAGGGUGUUUUUGCGCGCAAGGACGAUAUUCUAAGGGGAAAAGACAAUUAAAUAAGCAAUUCCACCCUUGGCGUUUUCAAUGGCAGGACUUGAAGGAGAUCAUUGCUGCAUGCUCGUCGGCAGCUCAUGAGACGCGGACUGACAAGUCCAGCUGCCUCUUGACAUGUGAUGCCCUGGAUUUCUAAAUCACCUUGACGAGGCGAGGAACCAUUACAGGCCUGUAGAACAGUAGCAGGAGGAGCGCCGGAACCCUGGCCUGCUCGGGCCGUAUCAGGAUGGCUGACGCUGGCGCUGGAAACUCCGCGGGGGCCAUGUUGAUGACACGUCUGCUGCUGUUCGCCGCUCUGCUCUCCCCGGCGGUGCUGGCGUUCAGCCGCGCCCCCAUCCCCAUGGCGGUGGUGCGCAGGGAGCUGUCCUGCGAGAGCUACCCCAUCGAGCUGCGCUGCCCGGGCACCGACGUCAUCAUGAUCGAGAGCGCCAACUACGGCCGCACCGACGACAAGAUCUGCGACGCCGACCCCGCCCAGAUGGACAACACGCGCUGCUACCUGCCCGACGCCUACAAGAUCAUGUCCCAGAGGUGUAAUAACCGGACCCAGUGUGCUGUGGUCGCCGGUCCAGACGUUUUCCCCGACCCCUGCCCUGGGACAUACAAGUACCUGGAGGUCCAGUAUGAGUGUGUUCCAUACAAAGUGGAACAAAAAGUCUUCCUGUGUCCGGGGCUCCUGCGGGGGGUGUACCAGAGCGAGCACCUCUUCGAAUCAGACCACCAGUCGGGAGCCUGGUGCAAGGACCCGCUCCAGUCGUCCGACAAGAUCUACUACAUGCCCUGGACGCCGUACCGGACCGACACGCUCACCGAGUACUCCUCCAAGGAGGACUUCAUCGCGGGCCGGCCCACCACCACCUACAAGCUGCCGCACCGCGUGGACGGGACGGGCUUCGUGGUCUACGACGGCGCCCUGUUCUUCAACAAGGAGCGCACGCGCAACAUCGUCAAGUUCGACCUGCGCACGCGCAUCAAGAGCGGCGAGGCCAUCAUCGCCAGCGCCAACUACCACGACACCUCGCCCUACCGCUGGGGCGGCAAGUCCGACAUCGACCUGGCGGUGGACGAGAACGGCCUGUGGGUCAUCUACGCCACCGAGCAGAACAACGGGCGCGUGGUGGUCAGCCAGCUCAACCCCUACACGCUCCGCAUCGAGGGCACCUGGGACACGGCCUACGACAAGCGCUCCGCCUCCAACGCCUUCAUGAUCUGCGGCGUGCUCUACGUGGUCAAGACCGUCUACGAGGACGACGACAACGAGGCCACCGGCAACAAGAUCGACUACGUCUACAACACCGACCAGAGCAAGGACGGCUACGUGGACAUCCCCUUCCCCAACUCCUACCAGUACAUCGCCGCCGUGGAUUACAACCCGCGGGACAACCUGCUGUACGUCUGGAACAACUACCACGUGGUCAAGUACUCGCUGGAUUUCGGCGCCAUGGACAACAGACUCGAAUCCUCUUCGUCCGUGCAAGUGCGCCUGGACACGACCACGGCGCGGCUGACGACCCGGCCGAACCCGUUCACCACCUCCACCCGGGCAGCCAUGACCUCCACCCCGAGCCAGCGAGCCAGGACCACCACCACCCUGGCGCCAGCAGGGGGCGACGUUCUGGAGCUCACCACGCGACCUCCGCACUCCUCCCAGCUGCCCAACGUGGCCGUGGACUACUGCAGCCCGUCGGAGGAGUCCGACAUCUUCUGGCCCAAGACGCACCACGGCCACGUUGCUAGGCAGCCGUGCCCGACUGGAACGAUAGGGACCGCAACGUACGCCUGCCUGACGCAGGACCUCUACUGGGACCCCCAGGGCCCGGACCUCAGCAACUGCACGUCGCCGUGGGUCAGCCACAUCAUGCAGAAGCUCAAGUUGGGAGAGUCCCAGGCCGCCACCAUCGCCAAGGAGCUCUCGGAACAGACCAAGGGGCACAUCCAUGCGGGGGACAUCACCUACACCGUCCGGGCCAUGGGACAGCUGGUGGGCCUGCUGGACGUGGAGCUCCGAAACCUCACCCCGGGGGGAAAGGACAGCGCGGCCCGUAGCCUGAACAAGCUGCAGAAGAGGGAGAGAUCGUGUCGUAUCUUCGUCCAGGCCAUGGUGGAGACGGUGAAUAACCUGCUACAGCCUCAGGCCCAGAGCGCGUGGCGGGACCUGCCCACCAGCGAGCAGCUCCGGGCGGCCACCAUGUUGCUGGACACGGUGGAGGAGGGCGCCUUCGUGCUGGCCGACAACCUGCUCAAGACCGACAUCGUGCAGGAGAAGACCGACAACAUACAGCUGGAAGUGGCCCGUUUGAGCACGGACGGAAAUCUGGACGAGCUGGUUUUCCCUCAGGGCGCCGGGCAGGGAAGCUCCAUCAGGCUGUCAGAACGCACCCUCAGGCAACAUGGGAGAAACGGAGAGAUACGCAUCGCGUUUGUCCUGUACAAACACCUGGGGCCCUACCUGUCCACGGAGAACGCCAGCAUGAAGCUGGGGAGCGACGCCAUGUCCGCCAACUACUCCGUCAUCGUCAACUCCCCCGUCAUCACGGCCGCCAUCAACAAGGAGAGCAGCAAGGUCUACCUGUCGGACCCCGUCAAGUUCACCGUCAGGCACCUGCAGCAGUCUGAAGAGAACUUCAACCCAAACUGCUCCUUCUGGAGUUACUCGAAGCGGACCAUGACGGGAUACUGGUCAACCCAAGACUGCAGGUUGCUAGGCACCAACAGGACCCACACCACCUGCUCCUGUACGCACCUCACCAACUUCGCCGUCCUGAUGGCUCAUGUGGAGGUGAAGAACGCCGACCCCGUUCACAACCUGCUCCUGGACGUGAUCACCUACGUGGGCAUCCUGCUGUCGCUGGUCUGCCUGCUCAUCUGCAUCUUCACCUUCUGCUUCUUCCGCGGUCUCCAGAGCGACCGCAACACCAUCCACAAGAACCUGUGCAUCAGCCUCUUCGUCGCCGAGUCGCUCUUCCUCCUGGGGAUCAACCGCGCCGAUCAGCCGAUCGCCUGCGCCGUCUUCGCCGCGCUCCUCCACUUCUUCUUCCUGGCGGCGUUCACCUGGAUGUUCCUGGAGGGGGUGCAGCUCUACAUCAUGCUGGUGGAGGUGUUCGAGAGCGAGCACUCCCGCAGGAAGUACUUCUACCUGGUGGGCUACGGCGUCCCCGCCCUCAUCGUGGGCGUGUCCGCCGCCGUGGACUACCAGAGCUACGGGACGGACCGCGUGUGUUGGCUCCGGCUAGACACCUACUUCAUCUGGAGCUUCAUUGGUCCGGCCACCUUGAUUAUCAUGCUCAACGUGAUCUUCCUCGGAAUCGCUCUUUACAAAAUGUUCCACCACACCGCCAUUCUGAAGCCAGACUCGGGCUGCUUGGACAACAUAAAAUCGUGGGUGAUUGGUGCCAUUGCACUGCUGUGUCUCCUGGGCCUGACCUGGGCCUUUGGGCUCAUGUACAUCAACGAGAGCACGGUCAUCAUGGCUUACCUCUUCACCAUAUUCAAUUCACUACAAGGGAUGUUCAUUUUCAUAUUCCACUGCAUCCUGCAGAAGAAGGUGCGUAAGGAAUAUGGGAAGUGCCUGCGCACGCACUGCUGCAGUGGAAAGAGCGUGGAGACCUCCAUCACGUCAGGCAAAAGCACUGCCUCCCGUACACCUGGACGCUACUCCACAGGCUCACAGAGCCGGAUCCGCCGGAUGUGGAACGACACGGUGAGGAAGCAGUCCGAGUCGUCCUUCAUCACGGGCGACAUAAACAGCUCGGCGUCGCUGAACAGAGGAGCCAUGGCUAACCAUCUUAUAACUAACGCUCUCCUGCGUCCCCAUGGCACUAACAAUCCCUAUAACACAUUGCUUGGGGAAUCGGCCGUGUUUAACAACCCCACUGUGAGCAUGUACAACACGCAAGCACCCUACAGAGAGACAAAGGGAAUUCUGAACAAUGCCAGGGACUCAAGUGUCAUGGAUACUCUACCACUGAAUGGUAACCACGGCAACAGCUACAGCAUGGCCAGCGGGGAGUACCUGAGCGACUGCGUCCAGAUCAUCGACCGCGGCUACAACCCCAAGGAGACCACGCUGGAGAAGAAGAUCCUGAAGGAGCUCACCUCCAACUACAUCCCGUCCUACCUGAACAACCACGAGCAGCGGUCCAGCGAGCAGAACCGGAACCUGAUGAACAAGCUGGUCAACAACGUCAACGUCGGCAGCGGCGGCGGCGGCAUCGGCGGUGGUGGCGGCGGAAUUGGUGGCGGCGGUGGCGGCGGCGUUGGAAUUGGCGGCAGCGGCGUUGGCAUUGGUGGCAGCGGCGGCGGCGCCAAGGGCGACGAGCCGGUCGUCCUCGACAACCCCACCGCCACCUUCACCCGCGAGGAGGCCCUGGGGCUGGAGCUGAUCCGGGAGGAGUCCAACGCCCCCCUGCUCCCGCCGCGGGGCCUGGCCGCGGAGAACCACCACCCGCCCCACCACUUCUCCCGCCGGAGGAUCCCGCAGGAGAACAGCGAGAGCUUCUUCCCGCUGCUCACCGGCGAGCAGACGGAGGAGGCGCGGUCGCAGUCGCAGUCGCCCCAGCGGGACUCCCUCUACACCAGCAUGCCCGUGCUGGCCGGCUCGCCCGACACCGAAUCCGGCAGCGCCAAGGACGAGGGCGAGCUCCCCGCCGGCAAGAGCGGCGAGGCGGACGACGUGUACUACAAGAGCAUGCCGAACUUGGGCUCCCGGAACCACAUCCACGAGCUGCACACCUACUACCAAAUGGGCAGGGGCAGCAGCGACGGGUUUAUAGUUCCUCCCAACAAGGAAGAGGAUUCGUCUCCCGAGGAGCCUUCUCCUGAACCGUCCCACCUGGUCACUAGCCUAUAGAGGCUCGGCCGUUUCCCGCGGUUUCUAGCCCUGGUCAACCGUUUGCAGUGGUGGACUUUUGAAUUUUUAAUUUUUUUAAUUUUUCUUUUUUUUUUUUUUUGGUUUCUCCUCUGUAUUUUCAAAAUGUUUAAUGCCAUUGAUACUCGGAUUCGAAACCGAGACAGGAAAUGCGACUCGUCUGACUUCUGGGUUCGAGACUUUGUGGUGGGUUUGUGCCGGGGUGGAGAGCAGUUGCUCGAACAAACUUGAUGUUCCUACUUAACCCUAUUGACCUUACUUGCCGUGUUUCUCCCAUCCGGUUGCCACAAAACAAACAAAGUGGUCUCAAGCCUUUUCCAGAACCUUGCAAGGAUGCAGCUGAUAUCCUCAGUUCAUUGUUUUAUUUGACACCCCCAGGGGAAAAGAGGGGGUGGGGGGGGGCAGCAUUCAAAGAAGGAACUGCUCUUUGUAGCUCAUCUGUUAAAUGCUUUUUUUUUGUGGACAUCCCAAAGGAAUUACAAACUUGUCUGCCAAUAGUCGAGUGUGUAGAAAUGAACAAAAACAAAAAUGAACAUAACGACAACAAAAAAAAAAAAAAUCAGAAACAAUCAAAAACUAUUUUUAUUAUACUUCUGUACCCAUACUUGCUUUUUAAACUUUCUUCCUAUCUGGUGUACUGUGGCACAUUUUGCUGUGUCACUCCUGCGCGUUCAGCGACAUUGUUUUGGGAAAAUGGAAAAAGAGAAAAAAACGUGGAAGGAACUAUCGUAUAUGCUGGACGGAGCAUAUUUUGUUUUUGCUGUAAUAAUUCAAACUAUUAAAGGACGAAAACUAAUUACAGAGAAUUAUAAUGAAUUUCUAUGUAAAUGUACAGAUACUAGCAUUGCACAUAAUAGUAUGCUUUUUUCCGUUUCUACAAAGCCUUCGUCUCUGUAAAUGUACUAAUUAACAGUUUUCUUUUUGUUGUGCUGGUCUUACCGGUUUAUUCUACCAGUAGGGGCCAUGUUUCUGUUUGUUUGUUUGUUUUUUUUAUUUUAUUUUUCCCUCCUCAUAUUUCCUGUGAACAACCAAGAAUUGAACAGACACUGUUUGACACCUGUGAACACUUGGCUCUGGGCUGGCCUUUUCGCCCUCUUGUGGUAAAAUGAGGUACUGCCAUUGAUAGCCGAGGGAGCCAAUCGCUCACUGAGUGAGCGAAUCAGUCAGAUAGUGAGGGAUGCUAAAUUGUUUCUAGGGCUGCUUCAUUCAGUCGAAGCAAGAAAGCGAAUCAACGAAUAACACUUUAAAAGACCAUUACCACCAACAUUUCAAACUUAGUUUCACCAUGGAAACAAUAGCAGACCAAUAGUUUAUGCCAUUUGUGAUGUUCGAAAGAGCACCAUGGCACCAGGUAGAACUUUUGACUGAAACCGAGGCUUUCUGAAGGAAAUUUUAACGUUUGGCCAAAAACAGACCCGCACCACCCAGUAAUAGACUGUAAAAACAAUUUUAGUAAGCAGAACUAGUAAUAGCAACAAUACAAUAAAUGUGCAUCAGCUGUAAUCCAAGCCAAACACUUACUGUGGAAUCCUCUCUGUUAACAAAUAGAGAUCUUCUUGCAUAGUCGUAGAGUUAAUACUUGUGGGAAUGAGAACAUACACCAUGUUGAUACGCAUUUGGCACUUGUAAAAAAAAAAAAAAAAAACCGGAAGGGUUUUCCUCCUUAAAUAUUACAUUUUAAACGUAGUAAACUGGAGACGGUUGAUUUAGUUUUUUCUCCCCUGGUGUAAAAAUUAUUUAUUUAUUUGUUUAAAAAAAGGUCAAAAGAAAAUGUGGGGGAAUUUCAAUUAUUGGUGAUCAAGAAAACAUUAGCAGCACAGAUUAGAUUUUUGUUUUUAAUAAUUAUUUAUUCAUUUUGUAUGGUUUCCAAGUUGAAUGACCUCAUAACUAAUAUUUGUUGUAAAAGUGAAACUUGUUUGCCAACAAAUAAAUUACUGAUUAAGAUUUACAACAAAAUAAUCACUAAGAUUUUUAAAAUUAUUUUUAUUUUUUUGAGUGUCACAAAUGAACAUUGGAUGAAUCAAGUCAAGAGGAUUCAGCAUAUGAAUGAAGGUGGAUUUGCUAAUCUGAGACGUCUUGUCCCAACUUGGUUUUUCUCAUGGGAAAACUGUCUCUGUUUGUGUGAGUCAGAAAUUAAAGCAACCAAAACAAAACACAGCCCUGCAAUGAUAAGAACAAAAAGGAUUUUUUUCAUAGUUUAUCUAACGUCCCUGUUCCGUAUCUCAUGUUUUUGGGAUUGUCUCUUUAUCUUCUGAAUAACCAACUGACAAGAUGGAAAUACUUCACAUAUCUUCCGUCCCUUCAUUUUGUAAAAGUUACCUUUUCUCGUUGGCCUGGAUUCAGUCAACAUUUGUCCUUGUAGAAAAGAAAAUCGAGAUUCCAAGUCAGAAGUUGGCGAUAACUAAUUAGUUGGGCUGAAAACAGUUUAAAAAAACAGGAGAUGACCUACAGUACGUCUCCCAGCUCCAGAGGCUGUCAGUCCUGAGCUUUGACAGUUAAAUUCGAGAGAUUUUUACCAGUCUUACCUUUUUUAUGAACAUUUUCGGUGACCUUGGUGUUCAAUGAUAAAGUCAAAAA